AUGGCGACAGUAGCACAGCCGGCCAGGGCGCCUGAGAAGAAGAAGGAAAGGCCGAGUGCCUUACGCUCCGUCAUCGCCGGAUCGACUGCAGGAGCUGUUGAAAUUUCUAUUACAUAUCCUGCGGAAUUCGCGAAGACAAGAACCCAAUUGAACCGCAGAUUAGCAGAUUCCGCGAAGCUUCCCUGGCCGAAGUUUGGGAGCGCCUGGUAUGCGGGAUGUACGACGUUGAUUAUAGGGAAUUCCUUGAAGGCUGGAAUCCGAUUUGUGGCGUUCGAUCAGUACAAAGCGCUGUUACAAGAUGCAGAUGGGAAGAUCUCUGGGCCAAGGACGGUCAUCGCUGGGUUUGGGGCGGGAGUCACUGAGUCAUUGCUUGCUGUUACGCCGUUUGAAAGUAUCAAGACGACAUUAAUCGAUGACCGCAAAAGCCCAAAUCCCCGCAUGAAAGGCUUCCUCAGCGCCGUACCGAUCAUCGCUCGAGAACGCGGCCUCCGCGGCUUCUUCCAAGGCUUCGUGCCUACGACAGCUCGUCAAGCUGCCAACAGCGCCACACGCUUCGGGUCCUACACCUUCCUACGCCAAGUCGCACAGUCAUAUACCGCGCCGGGGGAGAAAUUGGGAACGAUCUCGACUUUUGGAAUCGGUGCUAUUGCGGGACUUAUUACGGUUUAUGUGACGCAGCCUUUGGACACGGUGAAGACGCGGAUGCAGAGUAUCGAGGCGAGAUCGCUGUAUAAGAAUAGUUUUGCGUGUGCAGCGAUGAUUGCGAAGAACGAAGGCGCGUUGACGUUUUGGAGCGGGGCGUUGCCGCGGCUUGUCAGGUUGAUGUUGAGUGGGGGGAUUGUGUUUAGCAUGUACGAGAAGAGUAUCGACCUGAUGGAUAAGCUUGAUCCCGAGAAGAAAUAUAUAUGA